AUGAAGAAAAGUGUCACUAGACUGGAGGAGAGAAUUACAAAUCUCACAUCAGUGUCUGUCCUGAGGUUGGUGUUGCUGGGGAAAAGUGUGCUUGAGAAUAGAAGAGUGGGAAACUUCAUCCUGGGAAAAGCUGCAUUUGAUGUAAAAGCCACUACAGCACUGGUUGAACAGCACAGUGAAAAAGUCAGAGGACAUGUGCAGGGACGACCCAUCACAGUCAUCAACACUCCUGACUUGUUUCAUCCUCAACUCUCACAUCAUCAGCUCUCAGUGGCAGUGAAAGAGUGUGCAUCCCUGUCUGCUCCAGGACCUCAUGUGUUUAUACUGGUGCUGCAGCCUGACAGCUUCACAGAAGAGGACAGACACCAUGUGACAGCCAUAAUGAACAAAUUCGGUACUGAAGCAAUGAACUACACCAUUGUGCUGACUACAGGAAAAAGUCCAAUACAUGCCAGAGCAUGGGAUGUGAAUAAGAGUGGCCCUGUACAGGCAAUCAUCAGAUCCUGCAGCAUGAGACAUCACGUAUUCAACAACCUUUAUAGAUUUGACCGGCAUCAGGUCCUACAGCUCAUAGAGAAGAUAGACCAGAUGCUGGAGGAGAAUGGUGGUCCUUAUUUCUCCUGUGAGCAAUCUAAGCAAAUAUCACAUGUGAACAAACCCACAGUGAAAAGAAAACCUGUGGAUUUGACCUGGGGGAAAGAGAAACUGCACAACACACGAAGAGAUACAUGGACGAGGGAACAGGAAAACAGCAACAAAGAAGAGGGAGAUGAGAAGAAUGAGAAAGUGUCUGUCCUGAGGUUGGUGUUGCUGGGGAAAAGUGUGUUGGAAAAUAGAACAGUGGGAAACUUCAUCCUGGGAAAAGCUGCAUUUGAUGUAAAAGCCACUACAGCACUGGUUGAACAGCACAACGAAAGAGUCAGAGGACAUGUGCAGGGACGACCCAUGAAAGUGGUCAACACUCCUGACCUGUUUCAUCCUCAACUCUCACAUCAUCAGCUCUCAGUGGCAGUGAAAGAAUGUGUGUCCCUGUCUGCUCCAGGACCUCAUGUAUUUAUACUGGUGCUGCAGCCUGACAGCUUCACAGAAGAGGACAGACACCAUGUGACAGCCAUAAUGAACAAAUUCGGUACUGAAGCAAUGAACUACACCAUUGUGCUGACUACAGGAAAAAGUCCAAUACAUGCCAGAGCAUGGGAUGUGAAUAAGAGUGGCCCUGUACAGGCAAUCAUCAGAUCCUGCAGCAUGAGACAUCACGUAUUCAACAACCUUUAUAGAUUUGACCGGCAUCAGGUCCUACAGCUCAUAGAGAAGAUAGACCGGAUGCUGGAGGAGAAUGGUGGUCCUUAUUUCUCCUGUGAGCAAUCUAAGCAAAUAUCAGAGGGAACGGUUCAACAUGUGAACAAACCUGGAAGGGAAGAGGGGGAUGAGAAGAACGAGAAAGACCUGCAGCGCUGUGAUUUCACAGUGGCACUGAUUGGGAGUGAUGCUGCUGUCAAGUAUGGAGGAGAAAACAUUCUACUGGGGGAAGAGGAACUUUAUCUGGACCAGUCUGAUCUCUGUCAGAUCACACCCAAAACUAAAGAGGUGUCUGGACGCCAUGUCUCAGUGAUCAACAUGCUUGGGCUGCAUGAACUUCCCCAGCAGUCGACUGACACUCACAUCAGCCACUUACUGAGAGACCACGAAAUCCAUGUCUUCCUCUAUGUCUUACCCUUAGGCCUGCUCACAGAUGAGGAUAAGAUGGGCCUGGAAUGGCUACAGAGAACAUUUGGUGAAAAGUCUCUGGAUGUUGUGAUGAUCCUCUUCACCUAUGAGACUGAAGAUCAAAAAGACACAGUCAUAGAUGAUCUGAAGAAAAAUGCUAUUCUUGAACAGAUAGUUCAGAAAUGUGGAGGCAGGUAUCACACCUGUGAUAAAAGUAUGAACAACCAAUCAGAGAUGAGAACACUGCUAGAGAAGAUUGACAGACUGGUCUGUGAAAACAAAGGCUGUUAUCGAUUGAAGACGUAUAAUGGAGAGCAAAAAAAAAUGCAAAAGCUGAAACAACACAACCAAAAUCCCACAAUCAACAAAGGGAACAAAAGCUCAUCAGAGCCAAAAACAGAACUGCAAGAAGAGAUAUCAAAGGAAAGAGAAGAGAGGAUAAAUGAAGAGGCUAAAAGACCAGAGAUACAGGAUCUUAUGAACAGACUCAAUCUUAAGGGACAUCUUCAACAUAAACUGACCACCGCAGAUGUUCUGGAAAUAAAUAGGUUGUUGUUUGAGAUAAAAAAGUCACAGACAGAGACAGACCUGGUCGACAUAUUCCUACAGAAACUGCUGACAAUGGACUACAGAGCAAGAUACACUGUCAUUAGAGAAAAAAACACUCAGAUAGAUCUAACGAAACCAUGUACGGAGAAUGUGAAUGAGGAAAUGGGAGAUGGGGGUGACUUUGAUGCUCUAAUGAAUGUAAGGAAUUCUGAUGAUUAUGAGAACAGAGAACAGUCCAAUAUCCACCCCAUGGAUGUUCAGAUGGCCGUGUUUCACUGUGCUGACAAGUUCCUCCAGCAGUUUAUGGUAACUAAACUGUCACAGUGUCAGUAUGCCCUGCCUCUGCUUGUGCCCAAUCCCUUCACCCAACAAAUUGAGUUUCCUCUCUGGACAUUUCGCCAGAUCAAGAAAAGCUGGACAGUAACUGACAUUUCUUGUAAAGCAGCCAGCAGAACUAAGCCAGUCUACAAGGCAGAAACACCAAUGGUGUCCUUCGUCAGGCUUGGCCCUGUUGCUUCAUCCAAGUCUCAGCUGAUGAACAGUCUGAUAAAUGAAAAACACAACACAUUCUUUCACAGGCACUGCCCUGGCAGCAGUAAGACACGCCUUCUGAUGGAUGGAGUUGUGGAGAUUGCCUGGUAUUGUCCCUCUGGAAAAGACACUGAUCAUUUUACUGAUUGUGUUGCAUUCUGUAAUCUCCAUGGAGAUGCUGAGGUAUAUGAGAAACAGCGAGAAAUUCUGACUGAAAAGGCCUCGGUGAAUGUUGUCCUUUACCCUGAUCUAGAUGAAAAGGGAAAGACUUUACUACAGAGGCUCUACAGUUCCCAAACACCUCUUAUUUGCCUUCUCAGUGAAAACAACUCCACUGUAACCAGGAUUAAGGCAGGAAAGUACAGAAUGGGACUGAAGGACAGAAAUCAGUCUGAGGUGUCUGCAGAACUAGGAAGUGCCAUCAGAGAGUGUCUGUCAAUGACACCUCAUACUUUCAAAGUGGAGGAUAUGGCCAGAGAUACACAGAUCAGAGUAGAUGAAGAAGAUGAGGACUGUAAGAGAGGGAAGAAAGCUGCUCUCCAGAUACUGAACCUGCUGGAGGGAGAGGAGCUGUCCUCUAUAAAACAGAAAUAUCUGCCCUGUCAGGGUAAACUGUGGCAUGACUGGUGUCAAAAGAAUAAAAAACUACAUCGACUUCAGGAAUAUAACACAGAGAUGAACAACAGCAAAAUACAGACAGAAAUGAAGGCGCUGAGAAAUACACAGAGGCAAUGUAAUGUCAGUGAACUCAUUCGACUGUUUACUCAAGGUUUAUGUUCACUGACCAAAAAUGGGAAAACAUUCUUUCUGAAAUGGCUUGGAAUCCUGUUGGAUGACUUGACUACAGAAAAACUCUCUGAUCUCCACUAUGACACUGAGCAGGCAAAACUGGAAAAAAUAUCAGACAAAUUAUGUGUUGCAACAUUUGGCCUAGAACACAUUGUUAGGGAAGCAGGACAGAUUUAUGAAGCCUGGGCAUCAGUCAAGAAAACAAAGGGAUUGAGAGAUGACACAGGCUUGUCUUACCUUCCUGCUUUAGCUGCAGAACUCAUGAUGUCUGGACACCCAAUGGAGCUGAUGGAUGGAGAUGCUGCUCAUGUUCCUUUAAUCUGGGUCACUGCUGUUCUAGAUGAGGUCAUCAAGAGACUGGGAGACCAGAGAGUUUUUGUGCUGUCAGUUUUGGGAAUCCAGAGCACUGGGAAAUCCACAAUGCUGAAUGCCAUGUUUGGACUCCAGUUUGCAGUCAGUGCUGGUAGGUGCACCAGAGGAGCUUUCAUGCAGCUGGUCAGAGUCACAGAGGAGAUGAAGGAAGAACUGAAAUUUGACUACAUUCUAGUUGUUGACACUGAGGGACUUAGAGCUCUGGAACUGGCUGGGAGAUCCACACAGCACCAUGACAAUGAACUAGCCACAUUUGUUGUUGGUCUUGGAAACAUGACAUUGAUCAAUAUCUUUGGAGAGAACCCUGCUGAUAUGCAGGACAUCCUUCAGAUUGUAGUUCAGGCCUUCCUGAGGAUGAAGAAGGUCAGACUGUCUCCCAGCUGUGUGUUUGUCCAUCAGAAUGUUGGAGACAUCAGAGCUGGAGAGAAAAACAUGGAGGGAAAAAGACGCCUGCAGGAGAAACUGGAUGAGAUGACAAAGUUAGCUGCUAAAGAAGAAGACAGUAACGCAGAGUGUUUCAGUGAUGUCAUUGCCUUUGAUGUGAAGAGAGAUGUGAAAUACUUUGCUCAGCUGUGGGAAGGCAGCCCACCCAUGGCUCCACCAAACCCAUCAUACAGUGAAAACAUUCAGGAGCUAAAGAGACACAUUUUAUCCCAAAGUUCAAAAUCCUCUGGUAUGACGCUCUCACAGUUCAAAACAACUAUCUGUAAUCUGUGGAAUGCAUUACUGAACGAGAAUUUUGUUUUCAGCUUCAAAAACACCCAGGAGAUUGCUGUGUAUAGGAAAUUGGAAACUCAGUAUGGGAAAUGGGCCUGGAGCCUCAGGAGUGCCAUGCUGACUAUUGAGAACAAACUACAGAACAGAAUAGAAAAUGAAAAACUGACCGAUGUUGAGGAAAAAGAGCUGGUGUUAGGCAUGAGAAAGACCAAAGAGGAAGUGGACAAAUCAGUGAAGCAGUACUUUGAGGAAGAUGGAGAUAAAGACAUUUUGAUUCAGUGGAGAGGGAGAUUUGAAAACAAAAUAUGUGAGCUUUACGAUGAGCUGAUGAAAGAAACAAGAAGAAAACUAAAUGAGCUCAUAGAACAGAAGAAAGCCUGUAAGAAGUUAAAUGAGAAGAAGGUAGAGUAUGAAAAGAGGCUCUUUGAAAUGAGUAAGGAGCUUGCUCUGAGUCUGAAAAACAAAGAACACAAUGAGAAUGUUCUCAGGAAGAAAUUUGAUGAGGUCUGGAGCAAGUGGGUCACCGAUUUGACCAAAGACACACCCUUAGUGAAGGAUAUUAAUGUCUGGCAGGAUGUGAUAAGAAUCCUGUGUGAACAGUAUGAACGCUCUCUUGUGUGUGAAAGGGAAGAAAUGAAGGAUUAUAAACACCUUUCUCACAUUGGUAACUAUUCUGACUAUAUUAUUUACAAGAACAAAUUUAAACCCUCUAAGCAGAAACCCUCAAAGAGGGCUGUUUUAUCCAUGGAAGAUCAAAGCUCUAUAAAGGCAUUCAUCAAUGCUACCAUCAAAAAAACAGAGAGAAACAUAAAAACGAAACCCAUUACAAGGCUGGGCUAUCACCACAGUUACAUCCAAGAAAUAACAGACUCGGUCAGACAGAACGUGAAGGAAUAUGAAUCAGGGUUAGAGGAGUAUGUGUUCAAAAAGGAGUUCACAGUGGAUCUCUCACUCUGUGUGUGUGACCUCGCAGCUCAAGAAUUUACACAACUCCACAAGGAAUUCAAGAAUUCAAAUGAUGCAAGAGCUUACCUGGAGAAUCAGAAACCCCAAUACUACAGUGUCUUUAAGAACUCUUGCAAGGGUGCAACAUCUACAGCUGUGUUUGGUGAGUUUAUCUGCAGCAAACUAGAACCUUCCAUCCUACAGGCAGUUUAUGACAAAACUGCCAUUGAUUUGGCACAUGAGAUGAAGUCUAACGCUUCAGCAUUUAAUGGGAACAGAUCAAACCUGGAGAAACACAUUCUGAGGUCACUGGCAGCAGAAGAAAAGUUUCAGAAGUUCAUGAUAUACAUUCACAACCCAGAAAAACACUUCAAACAAUUCAUCACAAAAGAGGUCAACAAAUACAUUCUCCAAAAAAAUAAUCAAACUGUCCUUGGCAUCAUUAUAGGCAAUCUCAAACUCAAACAGCAGUGUAUAAUCAGUGCAGUACAUUCAGCAACACAGGAGGUGAAAAACAACUGUGGGGAUGCCAAUAAGUGGCUGAGUAGUUUCUCUGACAGAUUGAAGGAUGAACUGAAAUUCACAGAAAAGUCUGGUGCUGACCUCAAAGAUGUAAAAGAUUUUAUUUUUCUUGAGAAAGUGAUAAAAGAGGGCCUUGAUAAGAUCAAAAACAAAUUAGAGAAGAAUUUUAAAGGGUCUCCUCUCAAAAUGGAGAUGUUCAGGGAGAGGCCUGAAGAGAUUCUGAUCAAACACUUCUGUCGGUGCUGCUGGGUGCAGUGUCCCUUCUGUAAAGCCAUCUGUACCAACACUAUAGAGGGACAUCCUGGAGAUCACAGUGUCCCUUUCCAUCGCUCACCUGCAGUCAAUGGUGUUUCUUAUAGAGAUACAACCUACUUUUCCCUUGCAUUUUGCACAACUCAGGUAGCCAGUGAUAAUUCCUUCUACCCAUCCUCAGAGUCAAAUGAGAAAUUCCCAUAUAAGGAAUACAGAAAAGCAGGCCCCUGGUUUGCUGACUGGAGCAUCACCCCUGACCUCUCUGAGCUAGCAUACUGGAAGUGGUUUGUGAGUCAUUUUCAGACUAACUUAGAAAAACACUACAACUUCACAUUCCAGAACCUGGGUGAGAUUCCUAAAGAAUGGAGGGAGUACACAAAACAGGAUGCCUUCGACAGUUUGGAUAAAUACAUCUAA